AUGGCAGCAGUUCCAGUGUCAGAAUUAGCAGAAUGCGAAAAGCAGGAACUUUUAUGUACCUACGCAGCUUUAAUAUUACACGAAGAGAAGAUGAGUAUUACGAGUGAAAAUAUUCUGAAGCUAAUAAAAAAGUCAAAUAACACAGUGUUGCCGUACUUACCAAUGCUUUUUGAGAAAGCUUUAAAGGGAAAGGAUAUUGAGAGCUUAUUAAGCAACUUAAGUGUUGGUGGAGGAGCACCUGCUGCAACUGCACAAGCGGCAGCCGAUAAACCAAGUGAUGAUAAGAAAGAAUCUAAAAAAGAAGAGAAAGUAGAAGAGGAGGAAGAAGAAGAUGACUUAGGAUUUUCACUUUUCGGUUAG